AUGGCAUCCCAAAUCCUACCCCUCGAGCUUAUUGACAGAUGCAUCGGUUCCCGCAUAUGGGUGAUCACUAAGACGGAACGGGAGUUUGCGGGCCGUUUGUUGGGGUUUGACGAUUUUGUUAAUAUGGUACUGGAGGACGUGACGGAAUUUAUCACGACAGAGGAAGGGGUGAAGAAAGUAAAGCUCCAGCAGACGUUGCUGAAUGGGAAUAACAUCUGUAUGCUCGUACCUGGCAGUAACGGUCCUGAGGAUUCGUGA